CUCUAAACUGACAAAAGGGGAAUUUAAAAUGAGGGCAUUUCCGAGUCAAUCUAAAUUUGGAGCAAGCAAGACAAGACGAGACGACCCCGGCGAAUUGGCACAGCGAGAGCGAAGCGCGGCGAAAACGGCACACUGGCAUUGGCAAUGGCAGCAAUUGUCGCCCGCCUUCAUUGUGUGAGUCGCGAUAAACGCGAGCGAAACGGGCGGCGCGUCGCGACUGAAAACCUCGUACCGGACGACGCACACUAGCACACCAAAACCAUAUACAUAUACGGGCGAGAGAGCGCAUGCUCUCCGCCACACACACGUUGUUCUUCGUUCGCUUUUGUGGCGCCGCGCGAGUUUUGUCGCAGCAGCAAACACGCAAUAGUUCAAAAACAGUUGAAGUAUACCGCGACGCGAAAAAUCUUUCCUUCGACGUCGUCGCUGUUCGUUGUAGUAGUUGUUGUUUUUGUUAUGUGUCUGCUUUUCCGCGAAUUUUCGUGUGCAUUUAUAUACAUGUGUAUAUAUAUGCAUAUAUGACAAGCGAAAAGAUACACCCAGGAAGGAGCUGAAAUUGAAAUUUCGUACGAUAAUUGCAAACAGACAUUGCAACGUAAAAGAAAGGAAUUCGGAAAAUUAAAAUUCCAGGACAAACGCUACACAAAAAUCUUCAGUAAUGUGAUAAUGGAUGGCAAUGAAAUGGUUAAGCCGACACUGCGCCUGAAUGAGUUAUUCCACAAGCAAAGACAUUUUCAAUUGGGUACAAAUAGAUAAGAUAAGAUAAGCCUCGUUUUUUAAACAAGAAGCACCUUAGAGUGCUUAUGACUUCUAUGAAGUUAAACCAAUUAUGCCAAUAACUGUAAUAAAAUGUAUUUAUUUACAAAUAAGUCUGAACUGAAUGUGUGUCCUGUAUUUUCCUAUAAAAAAGGGCUUAAUAAAUUAAUUUGCUCUAG